UCAGAAAUUAGGGUAAACCUAAACCUGGUCAAGGGUAGGUUUAAAUGUUAAAGAUAGUGUUAUUCUAACUAUGGAAGACCACAUAGAUGGAGUAGAAAGGCUGGAACUUAUUGACCAACUGUUUGUAAGACGACCUAGAACUAUCCGUGAUAGAUUAGAUCCAUUUCUUUUUUAUGAUGAGGAGGAUUUUCUUGUGAGAUUCCGUUUUUGUAAACGUGACACUCUCCGUAUAAUGGACAUGCUUGGAAAUGAUCUAGAACCAAAUCAGAGAAAACUGAUGUCAGUUUCACCCCUUACUCAGCUUUUGAUAACCUUAAGAUUUUUUGCUACAGGAGCAUUUCAGCAAGUGAACGGGGAUUUAUUUGGCAUUUCACAGGCAAUAAUAAGCAGGGUUGUUAAAAGAGUUUCAUAUGUUUUGGCAUCAAGGUAUAGGGAUGUUAUUCAGUUUCCUCAAGGUAACAACCUACUUCAGAUACAGAGGGGUUUUAUGGACAUUGGAAGAAUUCCCGGAGUAGUUGGUGCAAUUGAUUGUACCCACAUACCAAUUCAGUCCCCUGGAGGUAGAAAUUCAGAAGUUUACAGAAAUAGAAAGGGAUUCUUUUCUAUAAAUGUGCAAGCUAUAUGUGAUUAUGAGUGUAAUUUCACAAACAUUGUAGCUAGAUGGCCAGGCAGCACCCAUGAUAGCAGAAUCUUCGAAAACAGUAAUAUUUGCGCCAGGUUUGAGAGACAUGAGAUAGAUGGAAUAUUAUUGGGCGACAAUGGAUAUCCGCUUCGACAAUAUAUAAUUACACCUCUAUUACAUUGUAACACUAGACCUGAAAUACUUUUUAACAAUGCCCAUUGCCAUUCUCGGGUUAAAAUUGAAAAUGCCUUUGGAAUUUUAAAAAGAAUGUUUCCCUGCCUUAGAGUAAAGCUCAGCAUAAAACUUCAAACUGUACUACAUGUAAUAGUCUCAUGUGCAAUCUUAUACAACAUGCGUAGAAAGUGGAAUGCCCGUUUGCCAUUCAAUGAUGAUGCUGAUAUCGAUGACCCCAUCGUUCCAGUCCCAGUGCCACAACGGCCCAAUCAGGGAGGACAGGGCAUCAGAAUGCUACUAAUAAGGCAUUUUCAGGAAUAG